AUGACUGCAGUGUACAACAAGUGGCAUGAAACCGAGCUCGAGCGUUGGCUCUCCGACCAUGAUGUCCCCUAUCCCAGUCCUGCCGACAGAAAAGACCUUGAGAAUUUAGUCAAAGACAAUUGGCAAGCCAAGGUGGUCGAGCCUGUUGCUACAGCCGGGAGCAAAACCAAUGAGCACUACGGUAGCGUCAAAGAUUGGAUUUUCGACAGCUGGAGCGACUCAUCGCUGAAAGCAUUCCUGGACUACCACAAGAUUCCCGCCCCGCAGCCACGCACCAGAGACAGUCUCUUGACCACUGUCCGUCAGAACUAUGACACUGUUGCAAAGAAGAUUGGAGAAUAUGCCGCUUACCCUGGCGACUGGCUGUACUCAACCUGGUCUGAGUCUGACUUGAAGGAAUGGCUCGACGAACGCGGCAUUCCUGCUCCUCAGCCUAGCACUCGCGACAAGCUCAUCGCACAAGUUCGCCGUCAUGCUCGUCAAGCCUCCUCCACUGCGUCAAAGGCCGCCUCCGCAGCCAGUGCCUCAUAUUCGAGCGGAAUCGCGCAGGCCAGCAAGUCUGCUGCAAGUGCACAAGCUGGCCUUAGCGACGCUCUGUUUGAUGCUUGGUCCGACAGCCAACUGAAAGAUUUCCUUGACAGCCACGGCGUCCCUGUCCCCCAAGGCAGCAAGAAGAAUGAAUUGAUCGCUUUGGCACGCAAGCACCGCGCACAGGCUGAGAAGUCAGCGUCAUCUGUUUCUGGAUCUCUCUCUGGAGCUGCGUCUUCUGCUUCUGGGUCUCUUUCUGGAUCUGCGGCUUCCGCAUAUGGGUCUCUCUCUGGAUCUGCGGCUUCUGCAUAUGGUGCGGCCACAUCAUCCGCCGGGAACCAAUGGGCCAAAGCCACGGAUGACGCUUCUCUCGUGGCCGAGGAUGCCUUCAACAAGAUUACGGAAUCCUGGUCUGAUUCGCGCCUCAAGGCCUACCUUGACUCGCGUGGUGUUCCAGUCCCACAGGCCAGCAAGCGUGAUGAGCUCCUAAAGCAAGUCCGACUGAACAAGCACAAGGCCGCCACCGGUUGGUCUGCAUGGACAUUCGAUACCUGGACUGUUGACAACCUCAAGAACUAUCUCGCUGCUCACGGCAAGAAGGCCAAGAAGAACGCGGACGUAAGUCGUCAAGAGCUCGUCAAACAGGCCCAAGACACCUAUGCCUCCGCUUCCAAGGCUGGUGGCUCCAACUACGCAUCGAUCACUAGCUAUCUUGCCAAACAAACCGAUGCUGCAAAGGAUACCGCUUUCGACACCUGGUCAGACAGUGACUUGAAGGAUUAUCUCGACAGCUACGGCGUCCCCAACUAUCAAGGUUCCACGACCAAUGAACUUCGAGCCGCAGCCAAGAAGCAAGCCAACUAUUUCCGAUAUGGCACUUCCUCGCCCUCUGAGACUAUCUAUGAACGAAUUAAGAAUGGUCUGCAAUGGGUUCUAGCACAAGCUCAGGGGUCAGCUUCGUCGGCGUCUGCCACUCUCUCUGCUUCUGGAAGCUCGGCGGCCAGCAUUGCCUCUCAGACUGCUUCCAAGAGUGCUUCCUCUGCUUCCAAGGUUGCUUCCAAGAGUGCCUCCUCUGCUUCCAAGGUUGCUUCCAAGAGUGCUUCGAGUGCCAAGGCAGAGUUGUAA